AUGGGCUGCAUCAACUCUCUGACCCCCAACAUUGUGUACAUUAUUAAGGCUGAGCUUCUGAGGUGCCCACUACAAACAUGGCAACAUGAAAGCAGAGUGAGAGCUGUGGAGUUCACUGAGGUGACCGGAGCCUCCUACUACAUCCUGCGGGCUGAGAACACCGACCUGUCCUUCUCCGAGACCGAGGUGUCCUCUUCCCCCGGGACUGUGCUCAACCUCCAGGCGUACACCGACUACACUCUCAGUGUCAUAUCCGUCAUCCACGGAGGCAGGAGCCAGCCUUCCCUCCCUUCAGUAGCAAAGACAGCGGUCGCAGCGCCAGAGCUCAACUCCACCUCACCCAGCAAUGACACCAUCGUGUCCAACAACACCUGCACCCCUCCCCUCGGGGGCAACACCUGUUGCGUGCUGGAGAUCAUGUGUGAAGACAUCUACAAAGUAGUGCUGGCCCCUCUCACCUGGGACGGAGCCAUAGUCCAGUUCUGCCCACAGAGGAUGUACUCAGUGGAGUACAGCUGUACCAGUGGCAGAGCCAUGGUGUCCUGGGCCCGAGUGUUCGGAGCAGACUCGUACAGAGCAGUUGCUACCGGCAGCGGCAGGACCGUCCUAUCCUGCACCUCUCAGGGCACAGAGUGCCAGAUCACAGGAGUGGGCUGCGGAGAGGACUACAUGGUGCAGGUCACCGCUGUGUCCAAGAGCUGUGAGAGCAAAGUAAACGCCACCUCACACUUUGUCACAGUCCCCUGUCCUCCAAAGAAUCUCAACCUGUACCGUGAGUGUUCCAGCAACGUGAUCAUCUUCUCCUGGGCUGCCACCAACAACACGGCUCACUACAGGGCCAAGGCCGUGGACUCAGAGGGAGAAAACAUGGACUGUAUGACCUUAGACACUUCCUGUUUCUUCACCAACACUGUGUGUGGCCGUCGCUACACCUUCACUGUCUACUCUGUCAGUAGCGAGUGCAACAGCCAGGCCAGCCCACCAGUAGCAGUCCGCACCGCCAACUGUCGGUCUGAAGUCCUGACCAGCACAUGGGACCGUGCUGAGGGGGCUCUGGCCUACACGGUUGAGGCAUGGGGAAACAAGGAUGAAAGCAACCGCUACAACUGCAGCUCCUUCACCAACAGCUGUGCCAUACCCUCGGUGCAUUGUGGGGAGAGUUUAACCAUGUACAUCACAGCUUUCGAUGACAACUGCCCCAGCUACAGGACUCUGGGACGGGUGGCUGAGACAGUUCCCUGCGCUCCUCAGAACGUUUCAGCAGCAAUGUACUGUGGAUCCGACUCCAUCACUCUGAACUGGCAGGUUUCCUACGGCUCUCUGUUCUACAUCGCCACAGCAAUGGAUGACGCUGGCGUGGUUCAUACCUGUAACUCCAUGGAUACCAAGUGUCAGAUCAAGGGCCUCCGCUGCAGCUCCACCUACAACGCCUUCGUCACCGCAACCAACCUCAAGUGCAACAGCUCCGACAGCGAGAUUGUCACCGUAGAGACAGCCCCCUGCCUUCCGGACCACAUCGAGGCCUUCCUCAACUGUGCGGCGAACCACGCUCUGAUUGUGUGGCAGGGCCAUCACAGUAUACUCUCCUACACAGCCACCAUUGAGGACACGGAGGGAGGCCUUCUCAGCUGCAGCACCACAGGAAACAACUGCACUGUCCCCAGCCUGAAGUGUGGCCAGCUCUACUCUGUCUCCGUCAUGCACCACGACGGCAUCUGCCCCAGCAUACCCUCUCAGGCCAUCACCAUGGAGUCAGUCCCAUGCGGGCCUGCCAACGUACAAACUGAGAUGGACUGUGGGUCUGGAACGCUGACGGUGAGCUGGGACACGUCGCUGAGUGCGUUAGGUUACACCACCAUCAUCUCCCACGGCAACAGAGAGCAGGUGACCUGUAACUCCACGGCAACCAGCUGUAGCGUGGACACACUGGACUGUGGAGAGGAGUAUGUUGUGGAGGUUAUGUCUGUUAACAGAUCCUGCCUCUCUAUGCCCAGUCAGGCCAUGGUCAUCAGGGAAGUGCCCUGUGUGCCCACUAACGUGACAGCGCACCGUACCUGUGGAGAGAGCCCUGUAGCCGUCACCUGGGACGCCAGCCGUGGGGCCAAGAUCUACACUGCCAUCGCCAUGGGCAACAGCGGCCACCGUACGGAAUGCACGUCCAACGACACCACCUGUAGUCUGGAGGAUCUGCUGUGUGGUCAAACGUACAGCCUCAGUGUAUUGGCUGUGGACGACGCCUGCUCCAGCACAGAGAGCAGCAUGGUCACCCUAGAGACAGAUAAACACAUGCCCAAAGGUAAGUGGACAUGA